CACACAUUUUUUAAUACAGAUUUUUAUUGUAAAACUUUUAUAAAUGAUAUGGAUUUACAAACAUCUCAUUUGGCUGCUGCUUUAAUGUCUGGCACUAUUUACAACAAUACGUCAAUAGAGGGAACGCCAAACACCGGCCAAAUACCUAAUGUAAAUAAAACUGAAAAGUCUAAUGAAGUAUUGAAAGAGCAUCCUGGUGAAGAAAAAGAAGAAAUGGGUAGUGGCGAAGAAUUUUCCGACGAGGAGUGUGAAGCACAGGCUGGAAAUAAGUCCAUUCCAGGAAGAGGUGUUACUCUUCAGAUGUUAUUAGAAGAUAAAAUGCUAGAGCCUGGUAUUGCUGCAAUGACUAUUGAAUAUUUGGGUCAAAAAUUUGUUGGAGACUUACAAGCAGAUGGCAAAAUAAAAUCACAUGAAACAGAAACAAUUUUUUGCUCUCCAUCUGCAUGGGCUAUUCACUGUAAACGAAUCAUUAACCCUGAUAAAAGGUCUGGAUGUGGUUGGGCUUCAGUCAAAUAUAGGGGGAAGAAGUUAGAUACAAUAAAGGCCACAUAUCUGCGUAAAAAGCAACUCCAAAGGGAAAAUAUGCACACAGAUGAAGAAACUGAAAUGGAAGUUGAAAAUCCUCCAGAACCACCACCACAGAGGGUGGUUAUGAAACACAACACUGUACCUAAUAGAAUGAUGCAGCAUGAUACGAAUAUGUUGAUAGAAGCAGUAUCAUUUUCAUCAGCUGGAAAAGUGCAACCAUUCAUUGUGUCAGUAAGUUCUAAUGCUUGCUUGGUUCUUGAUAUACACUGCCAUUUAAAAAAAGAAGAAGUAUAUGGUUAUUUAGCUGGCACUUGGGACUUGAAUAGUCAUAAUUUAAUGAUAACCCACACAUUCCCUUGUCUUGUGAGCAAAAAUGAUAGUAGGCCAAGAGUUUUAGUGGAAUUAGAGAUUCAAAUGGAAAUUGAAAAACUUGGUCUUACCCUCCUUGGAUGGUAUCAUUCUCACCCAACUAAUCCUGCAAUGCCAAGCCUAAGAGAUUGUGAUAAUCAAUUAGAAUAUCAAAUUAAAAUGAGGGGGCCAUCUGAAAUUUCCUACAUUCCAUGCAUUGGUGUAAUAUGCUCACCAUAUAACCCAGAAAGUCCUGUCUUGGAGUCAUCUCUAACAUUUUUUUGGGUAAUGCCCCCUUCAGAGCAAAGACCCACGGAAUAUCCCAGACCCUUAUUGUUGCAGUACAACAUGAUACAUGAUAGUCAUUUAUCACCACACGCAAUGGAGCAGAUUAAGAAAAGCAUAAAAUAUUAUUUUACAUUUACUGAUGACACCUUAAUUAAUUUUAAGGACAAUUUCAAACCAGAUAUAACAUUUUUGGAUAAACUUAAGUGCACAUUGAUUGCGAAGUUCCCACGUGAACAAAGUGAUGGUUUAUUAUGGCAAUUUAUACGAGACGAAUUAGGGUGCUCUUCUGAACAAGAUGAUAAGAUGGAUUUGGAUGCUUUAUUAGCAGUUCCACAACCUAUUCCUGUAUCUAAGCCCAGUCAAACAACUGUACCCAAUUUUCCAUCAGUUAGCACAUUGCAACAGAUGGUCAGUCGACCGGCUGGCGUUCCGCCUAUAAAUGUUUCUUCAGGCAUUGGAUCUCCUCAUAAAUUCGAAACGCCUCAAUUAAAUAUUCCUGUUUUGUCAAGUUCUUCAAAAUCAUCAAAGUCAUCAUCUUCGUCUCUUCCGCCAACUUAUCCUACUGGCUUGGAUAUGUUGACAAGUAUGGCUUUAGGAUUAGGAUCUCCAAAUUUACCUCUUCCUUUGGGUGCUACCGGUUUAGAAAGUUUAGCCGCUGCUAAUAAUAUGUUAACUGGGCUUACACCAAAUCUUCCAUCUAGUUUAGCAGCAAGUUUAUCUAGUAGUAAAUUACCUGAUCCACCGUCUUAUGCGGCGUCUCUUCAAAAUUUAACUAACAGUAUGGGAAGUUAUGAUAAGACUCCAUCCAGCACUGCAACAAGUACGUCUACACCGAUACCAGCGAGUAUUGCUUCCAAUUUAAUGAUGAGUUCUGCAGAUAUUGCCAAUGCACUUUUUUCUGCUACAAAAUAUUCAAAUGCAGGUAUUUUAGGUAUUCCAGAUCCCAUGUCCAAAUCAACAUUAGCAGCAAACAACAUGUUCUUAUCACCAUCAUUGAUGAAAAUGCAAGAGUCACUUUUAAAACCUCUGUCUAGCAGUAGCUCAAUAUCUUCAAAAGUUGGCUUAGAUCAAAAUGUGUUAAUGAAAUCCCCACAUGAUCUGUUAAAAGGCAAUAAAGACUACUUGCCACCUGAUUUCGGAAGUGUAGGAAAAGGGAAAUCUGACAAUGCUCCAUUAGAUGGAAUGAAACUGUCUGACGCCAGUGCCUCUUCAAAAGGAGAAUCUUCUAAAUCUGAACCUGUGGAUAUGCAGGCGGCUGAUUUUAGCAUGUCAUCACGCGUAGGUGGUGAUUCGUUUUUGAAUCAAAUGCUAGAAUUAACGAAAAAGACGACGAUGCCUGAUUACAUGUCAGACUAUGGCCAACCACCAAUAAAAAUGGCUAAAACCGAAGAGUUGCCGAAUCCAGCGCCUCCAUCUAGUCAUUCAUAUUUAAACACAUCUAGCAUCGUUGAUACGAUAGCGCAAGUAGCAAUGGGGAAUUUUUCUAAACACGACGAAUCAAUGGAUUAUAUGAAGGAACAAGAUUAUACUACAAAUAAAACCGUAAUAAAUGAUAACGAUAAAUGAAAUUGAAAUCUCCUGGUUAUUAUGGAAUGUUUAUAAACAAUAGUAUAUUAUUUAUUGUAAUAACUUAGUGUUUAUUAAGUAUAUCUUUUAUUUGUAAACACUGAUUCUUACAGUUACGUUUUUAGAGUGUUUGUGUGCGGACAAAAUAUUUUAUUAAGAAUACAACUCAGUAUUUU